AUGCCAUGUGAUCCAAUUAUGAAUUUGAUUCAUGAAAACGAGGAUCCCGAUGAAGUUUUUGAUCCACCUUAUUUGAUCGAGGAUGGUGACAACGCCCCAGCGCGUCAUCCCACUCUGGAGCGCCUUUGGCGCCAAGGCACUGAAAGCCGCCGCUUGAUGGAAGAAAGUCAAUCUUUCACCAUCGCGGUGGCUUUCAAGAUUCACACGAAUGAUUCAGUCGAUGUGAUGCCCGGUAUGGUGAAAGCACCCUCUUCUUCGAAGGUAACCGCCAGCAAAAAGAAAGCACCACCGCCUCCUACCACCGCCGUUAUUGAUUCAUCCGAUUUCAAGGAUGGACAGAUGUUGGACUUCAAAGUAUUCUUGUAUGGGAAAUCAUUGAAAGAAUUUAAGGACUUGAUUGGCGACGUUUGUGACAAUUAUUUCCCCGGGAUCAAGAAGGUCGUUCUUGAGAGUGCUUUAGCACCGAUGUUGACCUGGAACGCUAGUGUUGGUUCGAAGAAGAAUAAACUGAUCGAUUACAAGAAUUAUCAAGAGUUUGUGAACAACUUGGACAAAAGUUGUUCCUCAAAAGGUACGAUCAACAUCGUACUUCAGAAAGCUCAAGUGAAGGAAAAAAGAAAUGCACAGGCUAGUGGAGCAGUUGCUUAUAUAAAAGGAACCACUGGCCCGAACUCGAUUGAAGCCAAACUAGCCGCGUUCAAGGAGGAAACCGCCCUCGCGAAAGAGGAAAGUUUACGCGAUAGCUACACCACUCGAGCCAUACCUCCGAACACGAGGGAAUACAAGCGGGAGAUGGCUAAAAACGCUGUCGAACACCCCGACACAACCGUGGACAACCGUGUAAAAAAAUGUUACCCGGUGGCUAGCCCCAACCUUCGCAGUUCUACUUCGAAAAAUGAAAACCGCCGCACCUUCUUUGCGAAUCGACCUGCCGAGGAUGUCAAGGUCAAGGUAGAACCUUUGAGUCCUUCUGACUCUAAACGCAAACUCGAACACACCCCUUCCCUUCUGACCAGCGGGACUGUCAAGAAGAAAAUCAAACAGGAAUCUCCCACGGCAAAUACCCCCGAUAACGUUAUUUCCCUUCUCACCUCUGAGGAUCCACCCAAAUCCUCCAUGGGUCACGUUUCAGACUCGGACGUGGAGACUGAGGUCACCCAUUCGACACUUUUGGACAACUUUUUGGACGAAUGUGAGAUUCCUCGCAACGACGUCUCUACUUGCACCAUCCUCCGCAACGCCAACGUUUCCUCUUGGACCGAUUUAGUCCCGAGUCUCCAAAUGACGGUUAAUGUGUUGACUGGACAUGGAUUGUCCUUCGACAUCGCUAGGCGCCUCUUAGAUGCUGCCCAAGAGGCCGACGCGGAAAUGAAGAAGGCCACUACCUCCAAAUGA